AGUCAGAAUCUAACAACACCUCCUUCUCCAAACUCGUUUAUGUGUAAUUGAUAUCGGACCCGAAGAAAAAACGACUGGCUUUUCAUUAUUUUGGUGCACUGACAUGAUCGUUGUGAAAUAUUAAACCGAGAGGGAUGGACUCUAAAACUCCCCCUGACAUCAGGCAAACUUCACAGUACAGAACGAAUAGUUAAAUGCAGUCUAAAAUGAUGCUUUCCCUUGUCAAGGACAAACAAAACAUUAAGUCAUAAAAGAUGGAAGGUGCUGGGGUUAGCAGAAAUGUUAGAAAGCCAGAUAAACUAGUUGUAGGAGUCGGUCAGAAAGUGUAGUCAGGACAGCAACAGAAUUGGCUAAUAGACUUCUAAAAUAAUUUACCUCCUGUUGAGGGGGGGGAACCGUUUGGGCAGGUAAUUCAGGCAGAUUAAACUAAUAGUCUGAUGGAGUACAGUGAGAGAGUGCUGUGCGGGUCAGGGGAGGUGGAGCUGGACCCCAACAUUGUGAGUGAAGAGGCAGGAAAACUGUAUUCAGAGCUACAGACGGUUAUUGAGACCCAUGGAGAAGGUGUGGUGGAGUCGCUGGUCCCCAUAUUUGUGUGGGUCCUGGAGGGGCUGGCCGGCUGCAAAGCCCAGCUGAGAGACCGGGAGGAGGAGGCGGAGAGGGAGAAGGCUGAGAGAGAAGAGCUGCUGGACAGAUACCAAGUAGAGAAAGCACUCAGGAAAGAAAGUCAAGAGAGGUACCUGGAGUUGGAUGACCAAUUUGAGCAAGAGAGGAGAGCCAUAAGGGGGAGGGAAAAGGAGAGAGAGCGGCGAGAGAGAGAGCUAGAGAAGAAAGCAAGAGGGCAAGCCGAUCAGUUGGUGGCCCUGGAGGAGCAAAAGGCAAAUCUGAAUAGAGAAUUGAACACUUUGAGGAAUACUCACAACAAGCUGGCUCACACAUAUCGGGACCUUUUGGAAAAGAGAAAGGAUUCUGAGAGAGAUUCUCCUUUAAGGAAUCAUGUUCGUCUGAAGAAUGCUGAAUUUUCAUCCAAUCAAGUCUCAUCAGAAGCCAGUGUGAAUGACAAGUUGAUUCAAAGACCCCAUUCACUUUCUGGUCCCCCCUGUUUGGAAGAUGUAGUUCCCAAAAAAGAAAAUGCGAUUGACAUCUCAGGAAAGCCCGCCCCAGAUCAGUUUAUCAAUGACAUCAUCAGCUCCACUCCAGAGCUCAGGCACUUUCAUGGCAGUGGGGAUGCAAGCACCCCGGUCAGACCGAACAGCAAAGAGGGAGACGAGUUGGAGACCAGCGUGGAGGAAGAGAUGAGGCAGGUGGAGGAGAAGGAGUGCAAAGUAGAAGAGGAGAAGGGAGGAGAAGGAAAGGAAAAGGACAAGGACAAGCAAGAAGAGGAGGUGGAGGAGGAAGAGGAGGAAGAUGAUAGUAUGGAGUGGGAUCUGCGCAACACUGACUCUGUGUUCUCUGAGCUGUCGGAGCUGAGUCGAGACUAUGUGGAGAGUGUAGACCGAGGGGCCAGUGUCAGAGGCAGUGCAGACCAGUUUGAGGAGAUUCUUUGUCAGUAUGAGGAACUGAAAGUCACCCAUGAGUUAGUAGAAGCUGCCCGUAAGGCUUUGAUAUCUCGGGUAGUGGAGCUGACUGACGACCGCUCAGCUCUUACACUGGAGGUGACGUCUCUGCAGGAAACUGCCUCUCGAUUGGAGGGGCGGAUGAAGGAGAAGGAGGAGGAAACAAAGAGAAUUCGGAAAGAACUGGAAACAUGCCAAUCUGAGGAUCCUGAUGCCUCUCUACCCGCGUCCAUGCGCCCCUUCUCUCGUUCUGAAAUGGCUCGUGUGGUCAUGGAGAAAAACCAAUACAAGCAGCGUCUGUUAGAGCUGCAGGAGGCUGUGAGAAAGAGUCAGACACUCAGAGCAAUAAAUGAUGAGAGGUUGACAGACAACAAAAGUGUUUGGAAAAAGUUCAACCGCUUUUUUGGCCUCACCAAGGGACCCUUAAUCCCCCCACCUGCUCCUUCAUUUGCCCGGCCGACUUCUCCAUCCCUAACUCGCUAUGCUCUGGGGUCUCCACAACUACCGGCUGUGGGUCAAACUCGUGCUGAAUCUUCUUCUCCUGCUGCUCUCUCCCCUCGUGUCAGGAGGAGAGAAAUCUACAAGGAAAUCCGCUCCUACCUUUGGGGAUCACUUGGAAAACGGCAGAUUCACGGCUGGAGCACGCCGCUGGCAAACACACAGGAAUCCCAUGAGCCUGUCCCGGAGCCUAAAGAUGUGCCUGUUCUAAUUCAGCUCCGACUGCUGGAUCAAAGAGACUCCACAGCUAAGAUGAACUAUGCGGUUGCAGUCGCACCUGAGAUCUCAGGAGAGGCCACAUGUUCUGUGUGGGUAGUUUCUGGCCCUGCCUCCUGCAGUGACAUUACAGUGAUUGAUCCUGCACGCUCCAACACAGUACUGGAUCAGUUCAGCCUCGCCCCCACAGCUCCUGCCCUCUGCAUCUGUGCUGUGCCGCCCAUAGGGGACACUGCAGGAACUGUGUGGAUUGGAACUCAGGAAGGAAGUAUACUAGUACACUCAGCCUCUGCUGGCAGGAGGCUCUGUCUGCACUCUGUCUCUCUCUCAGAGGGAGUCCAUUCGCUCACGUAUUCUCAGGGUAAAGUCAUCGCUGGUUUGGCCGAUGGGACUUUAGCAUUUUUCUCACACAGUUCAGAUGGCUGGAAUCUACAGUCUCACUCGGUGCUGCCUCUCGGAUCAAAUCCGCUGCAGCCCAUUCGCUGUUGCCUUGAAAAAAGUGGCCGCUUGUGGGUAGGAUAUUGGAACAAAAUCCAUGUGGUGGACGUUGACAGCAAGAAGGUUGAGCAGACAUUCUCGGUCUCUGAACGCAGCGAGCAGCAGGUCCGUUUCCUGUGUGCCGGGGGAAGUGGUGUUUGGACAUCCUGCAGACUCGACCCGAUCCUCAGACUGUUUGAUUGGUCCACAGGACGGCCGCUACAGGAAGUCGAGUUUACUGCUUUGGUCGCUAAAACUUUAGGCCAAGCCUUCCUGACCCUCUCACCUCUCCAGAUCUCGUCUCUCGCUGUCAUCUCUGGCCGCCUGUGGGUGGGCACAGGAGGUGGUGCCAUUUUCACCAUCCCAUUAUCAAUAACAUCAGAAGCAGUUUCCAUCCCAUAUUGCUCCAUUUCAUCAGCCCAGCUGUGUUACCAUGGACAUAGACAAGCUGUCAGGUUCAUCAUUGCUGCACCAAGUUGUCUGAUCAUCCCUCCUGGCAGCACCACCAUCACAAACUCUCAGCUUAUCAUCAGCGGAGGAGAGGGCCACAUCAACUUCCGCCUUGGGGACGAUGCAAGUGAGGAAUCGGAAGAUUUGCCCAAAACUACACCUCAGCGGUCUGAACGCAGUCAGAUGAUCAUCUGGCAGAAUCCCACCCCCUCUGUGCCCAGCCCUGCCCUCUGACACUGAUCAUCUCAAAGUGCUGCCCUUUUGCGAUGAGAUAUGGACGGAGAAGACACUUACUGUACACCAGCAAAGCUAGAGAGAUCAUUGAAAAUGGUGCUUUCAUGGAACUGAAUGAACCAUCGUCUCAAUGAGGCAGCAAUGUAAACAUCCUCUAGAAAAUAUUUAUAUAUGAUUGAUGCUGUUUCAUCCUUGUUUACCUCAUUCAUGUUGUACAUCUAUCUUUUGACUGGAUUAUUCUGAUGAGUGUUGAAGCCUUAUGUGUGUCUUCUCUGAUUUUAUAAAAUGCCCGUCAAACUGGUCAGUAAUUCAGCUUCCUGAUUAAUAGCUGAUUUUUACAUUUGCACUAACAAUACGUUGUGUUUCCCUGACGAAUAGCUUUCAUCCAUUUGCCUGCCAUGCUGAGCUGUCAUUCACAUCUGCAUAUAUGUAUAUAUCCUACAUAUAUGGAUCAUAAAGUUAAACUUAACAAGGUGGCUGCUCUCGUGUUAACUGGAAUCAGGUAUUGAUCUUCUCUCAGCAUAAGACAAUCAGACACUUAUCUCUGGAGGCUGUUUUGCAUAUGGUGUACAACUUCUUUGAUUGUGAUUUGUUUUUUGGCUUUUCUUUUCAAAUUUCAACCCCUCCUUGUAUUUUAUUGUGCAUUAACAAACAACUGCACAUUCUAAAUGUCUGUAUGUGUUAUCAAGUAUUCUAAUUGAACAAUUACAGCGCUUGUCUUAGAAAUUAUUUAUUUUCCCAACGAGUACUAUGACUUAUGUAUUCAAAUGUCUUUAUUUGUUUUCUGUUUAAAUUUGAUUUCAGUAUUUUGUAAAAUAAGGUAGAUUAUUCUUACAGGUGUCCUAUGCAGUAUUUAUGUGCAAUCACGAGUUUGUGCCGUAAUGUUGAUGUCUAAGCAUCUCCUUGUCUUUCUUGGAAAGAAAAAUAAGGCUAGAGUAUUCCUUCUGACUCAACUGUGUGCAAUCAUGAUUAUUGUCAUA